CUGAAUACUGAAUCAAUUGACUAGCCUGCUAUACUGAUCAUAUUUGUACUGUAUCGACUACAAACUUAUUUGUGCUUGUCUGAAGCCCCCCAAAAAAGCCCAAAAUUCUAAAAAUUAAAACUUAAAACUCCAUUCGAUUGGUGCAAACACUGUUAAUACACACUUUUGAACAAUACAAAACAGUUCGUGCCUGCUAACGUUUAUACAGUUCAAAAACAUGUAUAACAAACGUUUAAAAUACUUCAGUACAUACAAUGUUUAUUUUUAAAAAAUGUUUUUAAACAUUAGAAUAAUACAAACAUGGUUAACACAGAACACGGAACAAAUAACACUAAUAAAAUAGAAACGUUAACACAGUAGCUUGUGUAAAAUAAACAUCAUUAACACAGAACGAACGUCAUUAAAUAGAACUCAUGACCGAUGCACAAACAACAAAUAUUUUACAUGAGAAAAUCUUGAGGCAUCUAAUGGUAAAAUGCCAAUUUCACUUUUACUUUUACAACAUUGACCUCAUUAUUAAUCUUUUUUUUUUAAUUUUGAUUUUUUUAGAAAUUAAAAAAAAAUCAGGAAAAAAGAAAUGAGUUUGAAAAGCCAAACAGCCGAUACCAUUAAAAAUAUAUGGCUCUGUAACCAAAAUUCCAUUUUACAAGAUAAUUGUAACGCUACAGAAAAUUGCGAAGAAAACUGGACGGAUGCGAAUUUUACACAGUGUCUUUGGAACAACACUGGAGAAGAAGUGACAAAUUUGUCGGAAUUGUACGAAAUGAUCAGAAAAUUAACAAUUUCUCCUUACGGUAAUCCACAAGUAGAGAAAGUUUUUACCGAAUGUAUCCGGACAAUUUUAACAAUACCAAAACCGAACGACGGUAGACUUUACUGUAGUCGAACCUUUGAUGGUUGGGGUUGUUGGAACGAUACUUUGGCAGGAAGCGUAGCUUAUACACCUUGUCCAAAUUUCGUACCGGGAUUUUUAAGUGGUAAAUACGCUCAUAAAGUUUGCAAUAAAGACGGAAGUUGGUACAGACAUCCAGAUACGAACAAAACUUGGUCCAAUUACACGACUUGCAUCGAUCACGAAGACUUAUCUUUCCGACAGCAGAUCAAUACGUUGUAUGUUAUCGGAUAUUCGUUGUCUCUGGUAGCAUUAUUGGUAUCUUUGUUCAUUUUUUGCUAUUUCAGAGCACUUCAGUGCAAGAGGACGACCAUACAUAAAAAUCUCUUUCUUUCGUUUUUGAUUAAUAACGUGUUUUGGAUUAUUUGGUAUCUUCAAGUGGUGCAAAAACCUGACAUUCUAGUAUCGAACGAGGCGUGGUGUCAAAUUUUACACGUCAUCGUACACUACUUUAUGGUGUCCAACUAUUUUUGGAUGUUUUGCGAAGGUUUAUAUUUGCACACGAUUCUUGUUAUCGCAUUCGUUUCCGAAUCCAGGCUGAUGAAAUGGUUCUAUUUCUUGGGAUGGGGGAUUCCUCUUCUAUUAACCAUCCUCUAUGCUAUUUUACGAGGUCUUAUAUCGACGUCAGUAGCUUACUGUUGGAUCGAAGAAAGUAUAUAUCUAUGGAUUCUUUCCGGACCCGUCUGCGCUUCGAUGUUGCUCAAUUUAAUAUUUUUAAUCAACAUUAUUCGGGUGCUGCUUUCAAAAUUACAUUCCGUAAAUUCUCCGGCUAAUAAUCAAACCAGGAAGGCCGUUCGAGCUACGGUCAUACUCAUUCCUCUUUUGGGAUUACAUUACUUGCUGACACCGUUCAGACCGGUGCAAGGAUCUUCGGGAGAGGUAGUAUACGAAGUGAUAUCGGCAACCGCCACAUCUUUACAAGGUUUUUGCGUUUCUCUCCUGUUUUGUUUCUUCAACGGCGAGGUGACCACGGUUAUAAGGAAAAAAUGGAGAGAUCUGAGGACGGUCAGACAGACGAGCAAAAGAAUAACUCGCGCCACCACAGUGUCCGUAGUUUCUGCAGAGAACCUCAUCGGACGAUGGAACAGGAAGGACAAUUUAUUCGAAGUGUGCAUCUUCACAAAUGUGAAUUCGGUUGAAAGACUUAAAAACUUCUUUUUUCUGAUGAAUUAUGCGACCGAAAAAUUCUCUACGACGAGGGAAAAGUUUCUAAAUUGCCAAACUAAUCAUUUUAUCGUCUGGUAAAACUGUACGAGGAUCCAAAAAUUCACCAUUAGCACAAAUUCUUAUCUUUUAUCGGGUCAAAAGUAUUUUUUAUAAGUGUAAUUAACAUCGGAUUCUAAUGAAUAUUAAUUUAAGCUUAAAUUCUAAGGGGGGAAAAAUAUGUGUGUGUUAUCGAUUUGAAAUUUUGAUUUACUGUCGAUAUUAAAUAUAUUGUCUUGUUUGAUUUAAACUAUACAAAUGGUUAAUAAUUUGUUUAUAUUACCGUUUAAAUUAUUAAUAAAGUAUUUAACACAAAUCG